UCUCGUGUCUCAAAACGACAUCAUUUCGCGUGAACCCUCGAAGAAUCAAAGAAGACCAUAUUUGGGGUUCAAAUGUUUGUCCACCAACAACAAACCAUUCAAAGAAGCAAAUCAUCCUUUUCAGUACACUCUUUACUCUCUCCCAAUAAUUCCACCAUUAAAAGCGAUAUCCCAAGCUUUUUCUCUCCCUUGUUUAUACCGAUCUCUGGUGAACAACAACAACUACUACCCCACUUCUUCAAAUUCCAUAAUUAAUCUCCAAAAACCCUUCUAAUUCGGGGAGGUUUCUACUUUUCUUUGCAAUGAAGAUAAGGUGUUCGACUAAUUGCAUCAAUCGUCAAUGAGUCGACUCAGACUAUUACAGCUCUUAAUGGGCAUCUCUGUUCUUUACCUUCUCUUCAUGACUUUAGAAAUCCCUGUUAUUUUCAAACCUGGGUUCGGUUUAGUUUACCCAGAGGAAGAACAAGGAUAUGCCGUUUCCCUUUUACCUCAACCCAUCAAAGCUGGCAAAGAGGAAGAAGACGAAGAUGAUGAUUCAGUCGGUGUUUCAGUGAGUCGCCGGAGAACUCGCGACGUAGACGACAAACUCUCUGGUUUAAUCUUCGAUGACGUUGCUUUUGAUGGAAUCAAAAAAGACGAAUUCUUAGAGCUUCAUAAAGUGGCAAGAUAUGCAUUUGUUUUAGGGAAAAAGGUAUGGGAAGAGAUAGUUAAGUUCAACAGUAAUUCCUCGAUUGAGACUGAGUCGAUAACAACAACUCGUUCGGAGUCAAAGAACGAGUCUUGCCCGAACUCAGUGGCGGUUUCCGGCGAGGAGUUUCAGGAAAAGGGUUUUAUGGUGGAGAUACCCUGCGGAUUAACAUUGGGUUCGCACAUAACUGUGAUCGGAAAACCAAGAUGGGGGCAUUCGGAAAGGGAGCCAAAGAUUCGAUUGGUGAAGGAGGGGGAUGGGAGUGUGAUGAUAUCGGAGUUCAAGAUUGAUCUUCAAGGGUUGAAGGCGGUGGAUGGGGAGGAGCCACCGCGAAUACUGCAUUUUAAUCCGAGAUUAAAAGGGGAUUGGAGUGGAAGACCGGUGAUAGAGCAGAAUACUUGUUAUAGGAUGCAAUGGGGGUCUGCUUUGAGGUGUGAAGGUUGGAAAUCAAGGCCUGAUGAAGAUACUGUUGAUGGGCAGGUAAAAUGUGAGAAAUGGAUACGUGAUGACGAUAACCGAUCAGAAGAAUCAAAGGCCUUCUGGUGGCUUAACAGAUUAAUCGGACGGUCCAAGAAGGUUACAGUUGACUGGCCAUUUCCUUUCGUAGAAGACAAACUGUUUGUUUUAACACUUAAUGCCGGCUUGGAAGGUUAUCACGUAAAUGUAGAUGGAAGACAUAUAACUUCUUUCCCGUAUCGCACCGGGUUCACUCUCGAAGAUGCAACUGGGUUAUCGGUAAAAGGGGAUGUCGAUGUGCAUUCAAUAAUUGCUGCUUCGUUGCCUACAUCAAAUCCAAAUUUUGCUUCGGUGGGUCAUUUGGAGAUGUCAACCAGGUGGCGGGCCCCUCUUCUUGGUGACAAACCUGUUUUCUUAUUCAUCGGCAUUCUCUCGGCUGGCAAUCACUUUGUCGAGCGAAUGGCAGCAAGAAAGUCGUGGAUGCAGCAUCGCUUGAUCAGAUCAUCAACUGUCGUAGCUCGUUUUUUUGUAGCGUUGCAUGGAAGGAAAGAGGUAAAUUUGCAGCUUAUAAAAGAGGCCGAGUUUUUUGGCGAUAUGGUUAUCGUGCCUUACAUGGAUGCUUAUGAUCUUGUUGUAUUGAAGACUGUUGCAAUCUGCGAGUAUGGGAUCAGCAUGGUUGCCGCAAGCUAUAUUAUGAAGGGGGAUGACGAUACGUUUAUUAGGGUAGAUUCCGUACUCAAAGAAGUAAAGGAAGUUGAAGAUUCUGGUAGCGUAUACAUCGGAAACAUGAAUUACUAUCACAAGCCGUUACGCACGGGUAAAUGGGCAGUUACAUAUAAGGAGUGGCCAGAAGAACAAUAUCCAGCCUAUGCAAAUGGGCCUGGUUAUGUUGUCUCAUCCAACAUUGCAGAGUAUGUUGUAUCCAAGUUUGAAAGACACCAGCUGAGACUAUUCAAGAUGGAAGAUGUGAGCAUGGGUAUGUGGGUGGAGAAAUUCAACAAGUCAUCGUCUAUAGAGGUGAAGUAUGUCCAUAGUUUUAAGUUCUGUCAGUUCGGAUGCGUAGAAGAUUAUGUAACCGCACAUUACCAGUCUCCGAGACAGAUGAUUUGCUUGUGGAACAAAUUGCAGCAAACCGGCAAACCACAAUGUUGCGAUAUGAGAUGAUGAUKAUACCUCGUAAAUGUGUUGUAGCUGUAGUAUUAGAUUUAGAGGGAAAAACUAGUUUGUAUAUAAUUAUUGUUUUUAACCUUUUUUUCACUUUAAUGUUAAUGUUUUCAGAGCAUGAAAAUGAAAGGAGGUGCAAGGGUUUAAACAACUUAUGAUACGGUAACUUUGCCGUCAAAUAUGAUGCGUUUAGAUCAUGGUUCUAAUAACUCGUUAUGGUGUCAGGGCUUGGGUUUGCUACCAUGUUAAUCCCUAUGACUCCACUCUAACACUUGGCUUGCAUUGUAACGUGUUAUGGCACGCAUGACAUGUUACGACGCGUUAUUUUAUAAGGUGUAGGGUAUUUUAAUGUAUAACUUGAGGAAUAAAUGAUGAUGAUAUAAGGUACCUACAACUUAACAUA